AUGGCCACAUCUACUCGAUAUGCCCAUCCGGUGAUCAGCAAGGAAGAAAAUGAGGAAUCUCAUCGAAAUGAUGUGUACAGUGUCGGGCUGAUGUUAUGGGAGAUCAUUGAACGAAAGGUUGUCUUUGACGAGUACGACAAAAACGGCCAUUUCUGUAGGGACCUCCUUGUGGUGCACAUUUCCUCUGGAGAGUUCAGUCAGGAACAAUUAUACGCAAACACGGAAGAUUCCCACCGCAACGAUGUUUACUCUUUGGGAUUGGUCAUUUGGGAAAUGAUCGAAAGAAAGAAAGUUUUAUCGCAAUACACGUCGGGCAAUGAAUUUCAGCGAGAUUUAUUUCUUGUUGACAUUGCGCUAAAAAGAAUUACCGCUUUGGAGCCACCGGGUUGUCAAGAAGCAAUUAGUGUAACCGUCCAGAGAUGCACAAAUUUCAAUCGAAAUUCGCGGCCCACUGGUCAAGAAGUCCUGAAGGAACUUAAAGAAAACAAACAAAUUUUCGAUUCUGUCAACAUGCUUGAGUUUAUGCCACAAUCAAACAUUGAGCGAAAGGAGCGGAUUUGCCCAUAUAAGGUGACACGGCAGGACUAUUUGCCCGCUGAGAGUGAUGAGAAACCAGAACCUCAGUUCGUUGAGCUUCUCUCCGGAACAAAUUUAGAGCCUUUUAAGGCCAUUUUGAAAAGUUUGCUCAAACAAGAGAAAGAUAAAGAUGAUUUUUUUGGAAUAAAAGAAAUAUCGAAGAAUCCGAAGAAAUAUCGCCCUCUAUUAAUGGCGAAUGUUUAUGGAAGAAACGAAGAAUUUCGGCUGGAUGGAUUCAUCAAAAGUGACUCAAAUUCGAGACGUAAAGGACUAAAUCAGGCCUUUCGCUGUCUACAAGUUCAUCAUUUCAAAAAAUUUCUCAACAUCUUGGGUUGCAAUCGGUGUGCCACGCUAAACCCUUGGAGCAGAUAUCAAGAGAAUGCGAAAGCCAUUCGAGUUUGGGAGGAGCUCCGCAUGUUGCCUUUUCUAUCCGAGAUUUGGUUGAAGUUUUAUGUGGAGAAGACAACUGGUCAGAAAUGGUUUUUACUUGAUGAAAAUUUAGGGCAAUUCGUGACUGAGGAUUUCUCGGUAGUAAAAGAAUUUGAAAAUCAAUUCCUAGUGCAUGAGAAAGCAGGGGAAAACUCGUUGCCCUUUCUUCAAAUGGAGGUACUGAAACCGACGACGAUUAUUGAGAUUUUAAAGGAAAACUUGGAAAAUAUGAUGAUCAUUGGAAAAUGUUUUGUUGAAGAGCACAUUCGGCUAGAGGAUAGCCGGAAAAAUUUACUUGAGGCUCGGAUUGACCCGAAUUCCCCGAUACCCGGGUACGUUUUUCAACUGCGAAACCCACCACGGGAGUUCUGUGGUCAAAGAAAACGCCAAUUGGAACGAUUCGAGCCUUUCAAGGAGUUUUACCUGACUAGAGGACGUAAAUUCGAUCCGUUCCCCGUCGGAAUGCUUGUUUUCUACUACAAAGAAGCCAGCAAAGAGAGUCUUGACUAUUUAGAGCUUUACUUUCAUUUUUUGAGCCUUUUCGAAAGAACGUUCACGGCGAUAAACGUUCUUUUGCAGACCCGAUCAGUCGAUUCGAAAGGGAUGAUGCUAAGUGAAUGGUCGAGUCCACAGAAAGGAUUUGAAGACUGUGACUCCGGUUCUCUUCGAGGCUACGAUUGGAGUUAUUAUGUUUUCGCCUAUCAUGUACUCAACUGGCAUGAGACACUCGACCACGAUUUUAAUCUUUUCCUGCUUGAUAACUGGAUAAACCCGAAUUUUUUUUGGUGUCAAUUGUAUUGGGCGAUAUCCGGCGUUACCUACAUGUUCGUAAAUAUUAUGGUCAUUUGGUGGGCAUUUGAAAGGUUGAAACGAUCGAGAAACUUGCUGAACGAUAGCGCGAGAAAGCGCCACUUCUUUGCCAUUGUCGCUCUGAUUAUACAAGCAAUUGUACCUCUAGUUGGCUACGUGAUUCCACUGUACAUUUUUUCCAUUCUUGCUCAAACCCGUCUCGAACGGAAUCUUCAGGAGCCCACUUCGGUUUUCGUUGUUAUGCUUUCAACGCACGGCGCAUUGAAUGCAUUGGUGAUGAUGAUGGUAACAAAACCGUAUCGACGAUUUCUCGUCGCAAAUCUAAAAAGAGUCGCACUUUGCAAAGCGGAUGGAAGAAUCUAUGGAGCAUCGAGCGGUCAGCUGUGGAGUGAA